CGUGCAGCUGUCAAAACAAUGUGCCCAUUCUGUGUGAAUAUCGCAUUCCCACCAGUCAGCUGCUUGCCUUCGCUGUGAAUGGCCCACGUGCUGUUUGUAUUCACUUUUGAAUUGAACGCGCUCAAAUAGUUCAAGUUAUUGCAACAAAUGGGCGUCAAGGAACUGUGGACAAUUUUAACGCCACACGCAGAGCGCAAACCAAUAUGUGAAUUACGUGGCAAGAAGGUAGCCAUUGAUCUGGCUGGCUGGGUAUGUGAGAGUCUAAAUGUUGUCGAUUAUUUUGUGCAUCCACGCCAUCAUUUGAAAAAUCUCUUCUUUCGCACCUGCUAUCUCAUUUGGGAGCAGGUGACGCCAGUAUUUGUGCUGGAGGGUGUUGCACCCAAGCUUAAGAGUCAAGUGAUAGCCAAGCGCAAUGAGCUGCAAUUUCGUGGAGUGCGCCCUAAGGAUAAAGAUAAGGAUGCACAGGCACCACCAAAACAAGCGGCAUUAAAUGGCGACAAAGGACGCACGCGUUUCAAUAAUGUGCUCAAACAGUGCGAGAACCUGUUGCUGUCCAUGGGCAUACAAUGCGUGCAAGGACCAGGAGAGGCCGAAGCCUAUUGCGCUUUCCUCAACAAGUAUGGCUUGGUAGAUGGUGUCAUUAGCCAGGAUUCGGACUGUUUUGCAUAUGGUGCGCGGCGGGUAUAUCGCAACUUUUCGGUGUCCACACAAGGCGCUCAGGCAGCUGCCGGCGGCGCCGUGGAUAUUUAUGAUAUGCAAGAGAUAUGCACGCGCAUUGAUUUUGGCCAGCAAAAGGUCAUCGUUAUGGCGUUGCUCUGUGGCUGUGAUUAUUGCCCCGAUGGCAUUGGAGGCAUUGGCAAAGAUGGCGUUCUCAAGCUGUUUAACAUGUACAAGGAAUCGGAAAUACUGGACAGAUUGCGCACUUGGCGCGCGGAGACGGACAAAUAUAGCGUUUUGGAGUUGCGUGUUGACGACAAAUCCAUUUGCAGCAACUGCGGUCAUAUUGGACGUACUCAAAGCCACACCAAGAGUGGUUGCGGCGUCUGUCGCACGCAUCGCGGCUGUGAUGAGAGUCUGUGGAAAGAGCAACGGCUGUCCAUUAAGGCGGAGCUGACGCUGCGCAAGAAGGCACUCGUGGAUGCCAACUUUCCCAAUGAAGAGGUCAUAUCGGAGUUCCUCACUGAACCAGCCUCGCUGCCCAAUUUGCAGCUCGAUUGGCGACAGCCAAAUAUUGUGAAAUUCAUCAAGCAAAUUGGCCAUCUUUUGCAGUGGCCAGAAAUCUAUUGCUUUCAGAAAUUCUUUCCCAUUCUGACGCGCUGGCAGGUACAGCAGUCCAACCAGGACAUGUCUCUCGUCCAGCCCCAAGAGAUCAUCAAGAAGCGCACUGUGAAGGGUGUGGCCAGUCUAGAGUUGCGUUGGGAAGACUCCCGUGGUUGCUUCAAGGGACUUUUACCUCAAGAUCAAAUUGCCGAAUUCGAACUGGAGCAUCCAAAAGGUGUGGAGGAACUUUACUAUACAAUAGAGCCACUAGAUAUGUUGCAGGCUGCGUAUCCAGACUUGGUAGCUGCCUUUCUAAAAUCCAAGGAGAAGCCGCCCAAAAAGGCGGCAACGCGUAAAAAGAAGACCAACCAAAAGGAAGCACCUCUCAGUCCUCUUGAGAAUCUAUCAGACUUGGCUGCCGCAACGGCAGAGAUUGUUAGCAAGCCCAAGCGUGGUAAAAAGAAGGCGUUAAACGAGCCACCAAAACAGGGACAGAAAACAAUGCAGCAAUUUCUGAAGCAAAAAGAAAACACGCCAGUUAAGAUGCCCGCUCGUCAGCUAGUCAAUCAAUGCUCAACGCCGAUAAACAAGUGUUUGCCCUCCGAUUUAGAGAGCGACGGCGAGGAGUUCGACAUGUCCGACAUUAUCAAUGGGAUUGUUUCCAAUCCGCAAGCGCAACCUGCUGUGACCAAUCAUGCGGGGCAUUUGCUGCACUACGAACCACUGGCGGAGGAUUUAAGCAUGCGACUGGCGCAGCUGGGUCUGCAUAACGGUAAGCCAAAUGAACUGAAGGAUGAUACAGAUUUGCUGGUGCAGAAGCGACGCGAUAUCUCCAUGCAGGAUGAGUGCGUGCCGCUAAGCAAACGAUACUCGCUGGACGACAGUUUUGAUCUGUUGGUCAAGGGCGAGCUAAAGAAGGUGCCACAUCUGGUCAGGACACCUGUGGAGCGAUUUAAGCAGCAGCAUCGUUUGUCCACUGCGAAAGAGUCAAAGAAGAUGCCGCCGGCAAAGCCGGAAGCCAAUGUGAGCUACUUUUUCAAUCAAAGUGCUGAUGGCGCUGAUGUCUUUGAGCAGUUGAUGGAGUCCAGUUUGGUGCACACGCAUCAGGAUUUAGUGGUAAUUAGCGACAGUGAUUGAAAUUCUUUGCGUAUAUAUAAUAGUCUUCAUUAAAUUCUUGCUCACAAUAGCAAACUUAA